AUGGCUACGAGACGCCUUGACCUGGUCGAAGUCUUUGAGUGCGAAGGUACCGUAGGCUUCUUGCGCGCGAAACGUCGUUUCGACUUCUACAUCUACAGCGAUAACAGUCUUCGAGUACAGAGUGGACGAAUCGCAUCUGCGGCUCACAACUCCGGCGCAAAACGCAAUCCAAGAGCUCGUGAUACAAUAAAUCAUCACAUAGUACAAGAAGAAGAACAGACAGAAGAGGUGGAAAAGGUAGAAGAUGAUGAUGAUGAUCAAGAUGGUCGCGGCAGGCGACAAGAUGGAGGCAAUGAGGAAUUGGUACAAGACGAUCGAGACGCUGUGAAUGAAGCUAUGGCGUUGCCACGUGAGGAGCUACAGGACCGAAUGGAAGCUGACAGUGCAGAAGAUCGCGAGGAUAUUCAGGUGCGAGCGUACGACGGACACGCAAUUGAAGAAACAAUUGGCGCUACAUGUCAGCAACGAGGCUUUGUCGUGGACUUCAAGCUUGUUACAUGGGAGCGGCGAGUGCACAAUACGUGGCUGUCGCAGGCCGUCCAAUGCCGCGCCCACCUUUCGAUCGAGCAUGGUAUCUCGGGGCAGUUUGUGAACAUGCAAGAUAGCGAAGAAGCGGCGCAGGACUUUGCGUUGCGACUCGUGCGUCAUCGAUUCGAGCCACUGGAGCAAGCAAUGUACCCAUUGACGCCGGGACGGUACCGAUUGUACGGCAUUACGAUUGCAGAGAACGCGUUCGUCUAUGAGUGUGCUGUGGAACUGACGCUGGAAGCAAAUGGUAAGGUCUCGGGCACGUCUCGCGAGCUACCGUUUGCGCAAGAGUGUGCACUGGGUGGUACGUGGACGCGUCGCACGCUCAACUACUUGCUGCGGUACGAGAUGCACGGCAAUCAGCACACGUACGUGUAUUACGGUACUGCCACGCGCUCGGGGGUCCACGGCACAUGGCAAAACGCCAAGAUACCAGUACUGCUCACCCACCUCGACACCACCACCCGUCAAGCCGAGUGUGGCCUUCUAGCAUUCGAACUCACAAGUGCUGUUCGAGUCUGGAGCGAGGCGUACCACAGCGACUACCCAGCAGCUUUCAAAGCGUGCGUCAAGCUGCUGCUGCUUGCAUCGUCUCGUGAUCCUCGUCUCCUGCCGUAUCCGUUGGUCCGCGCGGUCGCAUCCUAUUGUGGGUACAACUGGUUUCGCAUGGACGUGCACACCAGCAACGGCACAACGGACUAA